GAAUACUCAUUCCGCCACAAUUCGUCCAAAGGUGAACAUCAGGGUAACCGGUUCAAAGGCAGUGACAUUGAAGUGAAAGCCAACCUUUUCCCCUGUUACCUAUACGUGUAUGUGACAAAUAAAUACAACAACUAAAUAAAAUAAAAUCAAUUCAUAUAUCUGUAAUAGAAAUAGCUCUAUAAAAGUGAAAGAAUAGAAAUACAGUAGAACAUCUAUCGAUCGUUGUGUGAAUUUCCGCGAAACAGCAGAGUUUUGCGCGACGCAUUGAAUAUAGUACCAAAAACGUUAAAGCUCAAGAGUCACCGUUGUCUUCGCCGAGAUGGCGUUCAUGAUGCCAGUAGUCAAGAACGAUUGGGAUAUAUACAAUUCUCAGAGGUCAAGACGGGCCUCGGAGUCAGCAGACAAGGCCGGUAUCGGCGGACGGAUGCGCAAGGUGUCAGAGUCUCGGUCGGAGGGGCCAGCCUUCUCUCCACGAGCGGCGGCCUUGAGUCCGCACAGGAGUGCACCGGCUAUGCGCUCUGUGUCGUACGGCCGUAUGCCGCCGUCGCGGGUAUCGUUACGGGCGCAGGACAGCCCCAAGGGCUCGGCUAGCCCUCCCAGUGCAGGACGGGAUUCGGACAAGUUUCAUAGCAGGGCGCGCGCCGACUCCCCCGAGCGAAAGUGGCACUGUACCGCCUGCAUGCCCUAUCUGUGAGGCGCCCGCCGGCCGAAGAGGAGAGCGAGAUCGCCCGCGCCGCAACACCGUCUGUGAUAUGUACCCGAUAGUGCGCAACAGUUGAGUACUUGUGAAUGUGUCAGCGAACGAUCCCAACAACCUAAUUUUCCAUCUAUUGUGUUAUAAUUCGGUUCGCUUUUUCUAAUGAUUGCAUGUUUUGUGUAACAUUUUUUAAAUGUUAAGAUGAAGUAUGAGGUUGUUAUAGGUCUGUAUGGUGAUUGAUUUAAGACUGCGAAUAGUUUAAGGUACCCGAGGGCUUGAUUAGGCUAUGUUUAAGAGCUUUUGUAGCUUUUGUAUAACUUCGGGGAUAGAUAGUAAUGGCAGUUCGUGAUUGUAAUACGUUUUCUGUGAUUUGUUUCAUGUAAGAUAUUUAUUUAAUGGAGCGGUAUAUUUGAUAUUACUCGCUGCCGAAGUAAUGCAAAAUAGAAAAAUAUAUUAAAAAUAAACGAAAUUUUCUGUCUCUACAUUGUAUCUGGAAAAUAUUUUUGAAAUUGUUUUCACUGUAAUUAAAUUUAAUACAAAAGUCAAACUGUAGUCAUAUAUAGGCAGUGAUAGAUGAGUAUAUACAUGUAUUGUACUAAAUACUUUUUAUUAAAUAUGACUGGGGCGAGUCCCGAUUGUACCUAAGUAUAAUUAUAUUAUGUUACAUAUUUUGCACGAUUCUAUGUGAAUGUUAAUAUUGACUGUAUAAAAGGACCAGCUUUAAGUAAAGAAGGAUGAAAGUGUCAGUGAAACUGAAAUAUGUAUGAUGGCGUGUAAUCUAAUAAUUCUAAAUUAUGUAGAGCAUAUCUGUUGGAAAGUAUUAAAUGAGAUGGAAAAAGUAUUAUUAUGUCUGGUUUUGGAACGAAGUAAGUUCCUUAUUUCUAUAUGUUUAGGACUGCCAUAUUUACCUGAAUAUAGAUAUUAUUUCUGAAGCUAUAUUAUAUAUCCAACCUUUGCGAAAUCUGCAGUAGUGUCUAAAUGCAUGUAUGCCACAUUGUCUGAUCUGAUGUUUUAUCAAAAUAUAAGUAAUGCUUAUUCAAUAUUA